CAGUGUACGUCCAGCUGGCCGCGACGGCGUACUAGAUGGGUGCUUGUCGCUCGGCGAAGGAGUCUCCCAUAAUCGGGGCCUCUCAGCACAGGCGUUUUCCCCGCGCUCUCUUGUCCUCUCCCUGUCUCCCUUCCUGUCUCCUUCUUCUCUGAGCUGUGUGCUUCGCGUCGUCUCUCCCUUCGGGAGUGGAACGCGGGAUCUCGCUGGUUUCCUCCUCUUCGAAAAACGUCUCUCUCCAGCUUCGGCGUCUGCAUCGCGAGGUCAGGCGCGCGUCUCCCGCCCAGCAACCGACGAGGAGGAGAACGCGGCAGCCGAGAGCCAGAAAGACAAUAUCGCGCGAGCAGUCGCGGCGUCCGCCAUGUCUCUGCUCUCUCUCUCGGUGCCGCGGCUGGCGAAGGUGGGGCCGUCGAAGGGCCGAGGCCCUUUGCUGGCGAAGUUUGCGCCGGUCGGCUUUAAGAAAGGUUUCGGCGCCAUUGGCCUCGGUCGCCACACGAAGAAAGGAUUCUUCAUCAUCAACACCAUGCUCGUUCCGAUGUUCAAAGUCCCUGACCUCUCGAACUGCAAGCUCAAGUGCUACGUCGCUCCUGACACGUAUCGGAUCGUGCAGCAAAGCUUUAACAAGCGGGAGUUGGAUGAUGGAGAAGACUUCUGA